AUAUUUUCAUGUAUUUUAUAUGUAAGUUUCAUCAGUAAUCAAGGUGGCGCCAUUUUUUUGAAAAACAUUGAACGAAACGUAUAAAUGAUGAAUAAUUAUAUAUAUAUAUAGUUUAAAAAUACAAUUUUAUAAAAUAAUGUAAUAUCAUUAUAACAAAAUUUAUUAAAUCAUAUAUAUUAUUAUAUAUAUUUAUUAUUAUAUGUAUUAUUAUUAAUAUUUAUAAUUCGAAUAGGUUAGAAUAAUACAUAUAUACAUAUUCAUGAUUCAUUGUCCGUAUUCAUAUCAUCGGAAUUAAAAAAUGUUAUUUCAAUUGAGAAAAUGCAUAUACACACGAAUGCAACAAUUUGUAAUGUUACAUAUGCAUAAUAGAUCUCAAGUGAAAAUAAAAACGAUAUAUUAUUGGACAGAAUCGAAAUGUACAAAUUUGAUGAAUCCAAAUUUUAGCAUACAUAGGUCAAUGUGUACUAGUCAAAAGCAAAAGGAAGAUGUUAGAUUGCCACCCUUAAUGUGGAAACGGAAAGAAGACCGAGGUUUCUCUAUUUUGCAGAUGCUUCAGGCAUAUUAUUAUUUACGUUCAACUGUUGACAAAGAAUUUCGUUUUAUUGAAUUUGUACAAGGAGUUCGUCAGGCAAUAGAAGUAAUAUCUAAUGCUUUAGCUACUCAACACUAUGAUGCAUUAGAUGGUAUAGUAACUGAAACUACUAUAAAAAUAUUAAAAGAUACAGUUGAAAGCCUUACGCAAAAUCAACGUACUUUAAUAGGUAUACAAACUAAAAAUAUUUUAGUAAUGCCAGAACUUAUAAAAAUAAAAGAAGAUAACAAUGAAACAAUGGUUGAAAUAGGAAUAAAUGGAUUUUAUUUCAAAUCAAUUGAAAUUUCAGAAUAUUACUUGCUAAGUUUUAAUUACAUAUUUCAAAGAAUAUAUAUAAAUAAUGAAGGAGGAGCAUGGAUAGCAAGACUAGUCAAUCAUACAACAGAUAUAAUUUAUUAGAUUUCAACUGUUAUAUAAUUGAAUAAAAUUUUUACUUUAAAAUAAAUGAUUAGUUACGUUUUAGAAUAAAUAUCUUUUUUUUUUUAUAUAUAUUAUUGAAUGUUUAAAUUAGAGAUUACAAGAUAAUUUAAUUCAAUAAAAAUUUUAUAAUUUUAUAAAAAUAUAAAUUAUUUAAUAUUAAAUUAAUACAAAAAUCUAAAAAUAUAAUUAUAAAAGGCACAAGUUUCUAAAAUUAUAUUAUCUAAAUAAUAUUUAAUAAUUACAUGUAUCAUAUUUUUCUAAAUUUAUCAAAAUAAAUAUUUUUUUUCAAAUA